AAAGAGUCUUCCCUCCUCACCUUCCUUUCCGAUCCAGUAUAUACAAGCAGUGCUUGUCCCUCGCUUUCAACCCUACAACCAACUCACUGCCAGUACACUCUUUUCGUACGCAAGAACCAAACAUCAAAAUGCAGUUCGCCGUCCUCAUCGCUUCCCUGGCCAUCGGUGCCAUCGCCUCCCCCGCCCCUGCUGUCACCCCCGCCCCCAAGGCCCGUGACAUCCAGAAGCGCCUUAACGUGCCCGCCUCUUCUGGCUCGACCGUCUUCGAGGAGGUCAAGACUGUCGCUUCUGGCGACACCUUCGACGGCGGCAUGAAGGUCUACGACCGUGGCGUCAGCUGCACCGGCCAGGUCGAGGGUGGCGACUCGGACGCCGUCUUCCAGAUCGAGAACGGCGGUACCCUGAAGAACGUCAUCAUCGGCCCCAACCAGAUCGAGGGUGUCCACUGCCAGGGUGCCUGCACCCUCGAGAACGUCUGGUGGCCCGAGGUCUGCGAGGACGCCUUCACCAUCAAGAACCAGGACGCUGGCGAGACCACCUACAUCAAGGGCGGUGGUGCCGCCGGCGCCGAGGACAAGGUCCUGCAGCACAACGGCGGCGGCUCCCUCGAGGUCUCCGACUUCGAGGUCGAGGACUUCGGCAAGCUGUACCGCUCCUGCGGCAACUGCAAGACCAUGUACGAGCGCCACUUCACCAUCUCUGGCUCCACCGACACCAAGACCUCCGGUGUCAAGGAUGUCUGCGUCACCUACGACGGCACCGAGGACAACGACAAGGAGCCCGUCAAGAACGACGACAACGGAGACGGCUGCGACGGUACCUUCUGUGUCUGCUAA